CAUGGUUUUAGUUUCUCACUCUCAACUGGUUGCUGUGACCGACUCAGAAAGAGGAGUGGACAGAGAGAACAAGUUCUUGUUUGGAAGACAAAGACUUCUGGGAGUGUGAAAACAUGGAAGAAACCUCCUUUUCUGAUGAACAAUCCGAGAAUACUUCCCUGACAAUCUAUGGUAUUGAAGGUGGACAGUAUGACAUGUUCCAUGAGCUGCAGGAUGUCAUCACAUCAUUGGAAACUUGUGUAUGGUCCUGGAGAAGUCCAUCUAUUAGCAUGACUGGGGACAGCACUGUCACAGCAAUGCAUGAUAAAGCUCCCUCUCAUGCUAUCCUGCCUACUCAUAUCAUUGAAAGGUUAAGCCAGGAGUUGACUCAGAUUCUCCCGGCUCAUGGUCCAUGCUCGCUACAGUCUGAGAUUUCUCGCUAUCGAGAACAGAAUGCGGCACUCAGGGACAAACUGUUAAUCAAAGAUGGAGAGUUGAAUAAAUCAAAGCUCACGCUCGGCGAGUUCAAGUCUGAGAGGGACAGGCUGCAGGCACAGCUGGAUGACUUAGAAGGCAACCUAAGGGCUAAGGGCAUCUGCACUGACAACGACUUCUCACCAUCCAGUCCUGUCUGUAGUGAUUCCUGUGAUCUGUCAACAGAUCUCUCUCAAACAAAUAGAAGCCCAGUUUCUUUGCAGGGUUCCCUUUGCACAUUACAAAGUCUUAUUCAAUAUCUUCAAAGUCUCCCUGUCAUCCGACACUCCAUGUCUGGUUCUGCUGAAGUCAAUACUAGUAGCAUGGAUCAUGAGACUGAACGAUUGAGAGGACACUAUGACCACAUGAAGCAACUCAAUGAGCUGCUCUCUAUCACCCUGGAAGAAUGUAAGACAGACUCAGAAAAACUCAGCAUGAAGCUUGGAAAACUGGAGUCCACCUGCACUGCCCUGCGGCUGGCCCUGCAGUCCAGUGAAAGAUGUCUGAAAACUUACAGUGUGUUGUUGGCCUUGGCAGAGGCAAAGCAGGAGAUUCUGCUGGGACAGGUGACGGGAGGGGACUUCCUGAAAUCAGGAUGGAGUUUGCUACCAAAAGAUUUAGAAAUUAAAACCAAACUCUUCAUGAGGGAGGUAAAGAAAACAUUUUGGAAAGAGGAGCAGAAAUCAGGAACUGAAGAAGCAGAGGCAAGACCCAAAGUUCAAAGCCGGAUGUAUGCACCCUGGCUCAGUGAGGAAGAGGAGCAAACUUUAAAAGACUACAUACGGUCUCUGAAGUGGGACCUGGCUUCCAUAACCCUUCUGGGACACACAUCCACAGGUCAGGAUAGCACCUCUCCAACGAAGGAAGUGGCCCAACUCGCUGGCGUAAUCAAGACAAAGGUGGAUGACGUCAUCAAAGCAUCAGCUGAAGUUUCCACAAGCGUGGAAGAAAAACCUGAGCGGGAUCACAUUUUACAUGAUCUGACUAAUGCCAGGGAAACCCUGUGUGAGCUUAGAUCCAGUCUUCAGUUGGUGCAAACUGAGAACAGAGCGUUGGAGCUUCAGAUUUUAUCCUAUUCAGAACAAGAGAGAGCCUACAUGCUCAUUAAAGACCAACUGCAGGUUGAGCUGAGCAGUUGGGAAGGUAGAUGGAGAGUGGAGAAUUCUAGUAGUGCAGAGAAGCACUUGCACCACAAAAAGGAGCACUCUGGUAGAGGAGAAGGAGAUAGAUAUGAUUUGACUCCUGAACAACAACAUCUGCUAGACUCAUUAACACGGAACAAUGAGAUGAGAAUUCGAGUGGAAAGUCUCACGUCAGAAUUGGACAAACUGUCUUGCAGGGUCCGUGCUCAAAGGAUUCAAUGUGCACAGAUUAUCAAAGAUUUCUUCAAAGCACACAGGAAACUCUUCAUUACAUAUCAGAAUGCUAAGAAGAAGUACCAGGAGCAGCAGCGCAGACUUGAGUCACAGGGCAGUCUGAUGUCACAGCGUCAGCAACAACAGCUACAUAACCUCAUGCAGACCAUCCUGAGACUGCAGGGUCAGUGUGCUGUCAGAGAUACAGGGGGAGAAACAUCACUGUGAGACGUGGGGAUGAGAAGAGAUAUUGCAAAACUGCCCAGUAGCCCCUCUAUAGUGUAAAUCAGUAUAAUAAUGUAAUUACAGCUUACAUCACUGUAUUUUCUACACAUAGAUUUAGCCCUACAUAUCAUCUAGCUUUGAUAAAAUAUAUGUUCUAUUCCCCAUACUCUACAAUACAGCUGGUUUGGAUUUCCCAGGACACACUACACAAUAUAUGUGGGAUAUACACAUACAUACUGCAUAGCAGGGUGUCUGCUUGAUAGACACACAUUGUACAAUACAGCAUAUAAUUCCACACUUACCAUACAAUAUACAACCUGUACAAAAUGGGUCUGAUCUUCCCCACCCUUGCACACUUUACAAUGGUUGAGUAUCCAAUUAAAAAAAUAUUAUUAUUAAUAGAUUAUUUUUAAUAAUUGUAUUACAUUUUCCCUUAGAUUCAAGAGGGUCAUGUGACCCAUUUAUUUUAAGAAGUCUUAAUUAUGUUUACAGAGAGUGGUGCAGUUUGCUUGACAAAUCCAUUUUACCAUAUGACAUCUAGAGGCUUAUGUUUCUACUCUUGUGAAAGUAAAGUCUAUUUUCUUUUACAAUGUGUGUUUCAUGGAUGCAUUGGUAUUAUUUUUAAAGAGGAAGAGUUUCAGCUCCCCAUUCUAUUAAUUAUUCCAAAUAUGUACUUUAAUAGUUUAUAAGAUUGCACUAUUCAUAUUAAUCACAUGACCCUCUAGGACAGUGGCUAACCUUGGCACCCCAGAUGUUUUGGAACUACAUUUCCCUUUCAGCCUAGGCACUCUGCAGUCUAGUUGAGCAUUAUGGGAAAUGUAGUUCUGAAAUAUCAGGAGUGCCAAGGUUAGCCAUCACUGCUCUAGAGCAUGAUUUAAUCUCUCAUUUGACAGAGGAGAUUCUCCAUUUUUUUCAAGGGGUCUCUUUGGUAGAGGUACAGUUCUGCAGCCCCUACACAUUUAUUACACUCAAACUGAAGUCUAACAGGCUAGAAAACUGCUAUUUGUGAUAACCAAAACCAUAAGAUGAAAAGAGAUUGUCCUCUUUCCAGGGAGUGAGUCACAUUUCCCUCUAAUUUGCCAACUUCUAUGUAUGUUUUUGUAAGAAUAUAAAAAAUGUACUUGUUUAUAUAAUUUGGGUAUGUAUAUUUGUCUCCUCCCCUGUUAGAGCAAUCUAUGUAAAUACAUAAAACGUUAUAAUAAAAUGUGCUAAUCAUCUUAAA